AUGAUCCCCUACCUAAAGAAAAAUGUCAGUGAAAUCAAACAGGAUCCACUUGUUGUCCCCCCAGAAAUUAAGACGUUAGAAGAACCAAAGGAGGAGCCAGAGAAACCCGAAGCUGUUCCCGAACCGACAGUUCCAGAAAAUCCGGCAACAUCUCCGAUAGACACUGAGAAUUUCGUCUACAACGUGAAUGAAGCUCCCAGUGCCGAAGUUAGAAGAAUGAUGAACGCCAUCGUUCAAGUGAAGAAAUCGCGUGUGAUCGACGAAAUCAUCAGGGUACGGGGUUUAUACAAAACUGACGAGGUAACAUGAGCACAUUGAGAAUCUCCGUUCA